CGACAGCAUUGUAAAAUUAUCGAUCGAGCAGUCUUGAAAAGCCGAUUGUUUAUUAUCCAGUGUGAAUAUUAAAUAAGUUUAUUCUACUAAUCAUUUUGUAACUUAUUGGAAUCUUAGCGGUGUAAGAGAUGCUUGAUGCCGGGGACGCGCACGAGGGUUAAGCCGGUGUCGGCAGCCGAGCCCUCAGCCUCGGACGAAGCGUCGCUGCUGGAGAUUCAUCUUCAAAGGCAGUUGGAGGAAGAUAUUGCUAGAAUAUUUGAUGAGUCUAUAUAUUCCGAUCUUGAGGUGGUUUGCGGUAAACUAAAAAUCCUUACUCACUCUUGUAUACUAAAAGCACGCACGAACGAAUUUUACCAUAAGCUUCAAACCAUUUUGCAUGUGAAUAUUGGGCGCAGUACCUUCGAUGAAAUAUACUCCUUCGUCAGCGAUGUGUACACUGAGUGCAAUAUCAGAAAUCAAGAGAAAGAAAUACUGGCAUACCUGAACGAGGCAUUUAAAGUUAUAAAAAUUGUUCCAAAAAAUAAGGAAGAUUCUGAGGAAACGGAAAUAUUCUUGACCCCCAAGUGUUUAAGUCCUUAUAUCGAAAAGAGCCACAAAACUAUAAGCUCUAGUCCAAGCACAGAGCUCACAAAGGAAUAUUACGCUCUGGUCCCGAUCGAUGGGAAUUUAUUAGAAAAGGAACUAAUCGAACAGGAUGCACUAUCGAACGCAUUCCACUCUAUUAUAAAGACGCAGUCUGAUGAUUUGAAGAGAGCCAAAUCUUCGCAGUGCAGCAAGAAGCCCACAUCGUUGUCUCUUAGUUCUAGUCACACCUCCAAAAUAGUGAAACAUUCCAACAGUUGUGAUAUUUUAUUUAAAUGUCAUAUUAAAGAUAAGGUCGGAUCGGAGGCGAUAAGAGGUAAUGAUAUAGUGUGCAACGGCGCUGUAAGCAGCCACACGAGUCCGCCGGCGGGCUCGGAGCGCGGCGUCGAGCCCGCGUACUCGCCCGACAGCCUCGUCACCGACGAGCCCAGCUCCUCCUCCGACUACCUCUCGGCCGCCUACGCCUUCUCGCCCGGCGCCAGCGCCAGCGCCAGCUGCUCGGCCGCCCUCCCGCCGUUAAAUGUUGGGGACAACACCACCAAAAUGGAGAACAUAUUCACUUCAUCCGACUCCGGCUUGGAGAAUACCGGCCUCAUGGAGAGCCUUACCAGUCAUAAAGACGUCACGUUGACCGACUUGUCUCUCACAGAGAGCACUUUGCACGACCUGACCAUAGAUGACACCCAUUUCUCCACGCCCAGUCCCGCUAUAGACAACCACCCUAGUCACCGGAUGAAGGCUGUGAGUGCGAGCGACGCGUCGUCCGUGAGCGCGCACUCCCACGCGGAGACCAACGGCCAGAAGACCGGCCAGCCGAACAAACACAAAGAUGCAGGUUGCUGCAAAUCAUCCAAGGAAGAAAAACAGCGCCAGAAUGAAGAAAUAUUUAUUAUGGAGUCGUCAUCAUUAUCUUCAGAGACUGGCUCGUGGGAAUCAGUGUUUCCACCAAAAUUAGCCGAAAGAGAACUUUGUGAAAGGUUCUUAAAAAAGGAACGCCAGCAUACUCUUGCAGACGACAUGAAAGAGGAUUUAUGCCCCAGUUUAGUUCAAAAAUCUCCUUUUAAGUCAACUUCAUGCUUCAUUGACGCUGCAAGCUUGGCCGACGAAGAAGAUGAUACUAUCAAAAUACAAGUCAAUCCCAUGGAGCCUGCAAAAACGUUAAAUUCGCACAUUCUGCCAACGCCUAGUCAGCCAGUCCCCUGCGCCACCUCCAAACACGACUUAAGCCCAAACGACUGGUCCGAGAGCAACGAGAACGAAGACUCCUUGGAACAACCGGAGAACAAAGACCCGGAUUCUGGUCACAAGGACUUGUCUCCUACCAUUUUUGAAAUGACGCCCAUCACUGAAGAUUCUCUGUGCGUGAACGACGAGCCCGCCGCGCCCGCGCCGGAGAGCGCCGCUGCGGUCGGCGGCGAGGACGCGUCUCACCGCUCCGAGGACAAGAACACAUCUCUAUCCAGCACCAUAUUCGUAACCAGCACUCCACAUAAUUCUAUUAUGUCUUUAAACGUCUGCACAGUGAAGCAGUACAACUCAGAAGAAAGCAGAGUAGACUCUUCCACUUCCGGAUAUGAAAGCCUAGGAAAUAUUAAAAAGCUACAAAAAUUCAACGAAUCAUCGCCUAUAGUUUCAGGAGGAGCGUCUAUAGAAGAUUACCUGCCAUUAUCUAGUAGUCAUUCUGAUAGCCCCAUACCUAGAAGAAGGAUCGAAAAUAUUCCCAUAGUGUCUGGCGCGUAUGUGCCGCCAGUUCAGGAAGAUAACUAUAGAAAAUCCCCGAAGCCCUCCUCCUUUGCUUCUGCGUGGGUAGUUGAUAUGUCAAUGAGCCCAAAAUCAGAUUGCGAGAAAAGCACAUCAAAUUCUCAGUUUAUAGCAAAGAAACCCGGCGACAGGGCGUGUGAAUCUUUAAAAAAUGAAUGCAGUAGCAUUAAUGACAACUUAAAUAAAAGCCGAAGUUCGCUAGAUUCUGAUAGCAGUGAAAGAUCGAGUCACAAAUUUUACAUAGACUUGUCAAGUUUGCCGGACCCCUUACCGCCAAAACCUGAGCACGAUGUUGAAAGCGCCAGUGAAAAGAAAAAUAUAUUUUCAAUGUACAUCGAUCUAGGCGAAAACUCUACGUUAAAGGAGAUGCCAGCCAGGCUCUCUUGCUCUUUGAAUUCCAAAAAGCAUACGUCCACCGAUAUCAAGCCUAAAUCCAUUGCAACUAAAGCUAUCAAGGGCUGCACAGACAAUUCUGUAUCACCUGCUCCAAAUAACAAAGAGUCCAAUAGUCCCGGUACAUUUGAAAAAUACGAAUCACUUUGUAAUGACUUAAACAUUAGUAUUUCCGAGAUAAUACGCUGUCCUGCGACUGAAACGAAAACCAGUGCCACAGAAAUCAACAACAGCAUUACGUCUGAUCCUGUUAAAAAAGAAAGACCGUCUCGAGUUUCAGGAGUAGAUAAAAGCUUCCAGCGCGACGUGGUCAUCCACGAGGAGCCCGCGGGGCUCGACCAGUCCGGAGACCUAUUUGUCAAAUUGUCCGAUUUAGACAAACCGGCACCGAAAAGUGACGCGCCAAUAAUUACCACGAUGUAUGAAGAGUCAGUUUCAAACGUCAGAAUGACCAGAUCUAUUCCGGAUAACAAUUGGGGGAACCAAAGUAUCUCCCGACCCAUAGACAUUAUAAGUUCGUUUCAUUCGGAGAACGCUCUAAGUUUGAACAGACUCUUUCCGCACUUGAAGAACGAGUUCAGCAAGAGCAUGCCGGGGGCGCUGCCGAGCAAGGGGCGCGGGCGCGCCUCGGGCCGCGAGACGGACGAGCCGUCGUCCGACGUGUCGGAGCUCAGCAGCGUGCAGAGCAGCGUCUGCCGCUCCGUCGUUGAAAACAGCACAACAGAGGAAACCACCAGCCAGACUUCAAGUCUAAUAGGCUUCUGCCAGUCGCGGCUGGGCCAGGAUCUGUUGCGAAUGUUUCUCGAGGAAAUCACCCCUGAUGUCAUCGUAGAAGUUUCUGGGAGACGAAUCAAGGCCCAUAAGUGUAUUUUGUCGUCUAGGUGCCAGUACUUCGCCAGGAUACUGAGUGGCGGCUGGGUGGAGAGCGCGGGGAAUGUGAUAGUUUUGCCACCGUUCUCCUACAACGUGGUGCAUUUCGCGCUGUGCCACAUCUACUCGGGCGUGUCGCGCAUCCCGGACGCCAUCAGCAUCGUGGAGCUGGCCACGCUGGCCGACAUGCUCGGCCUCGAGGGGCUCAAGGAGGCCAUCAUGUUCACGCUCAAGGCCAAGUACUGCCACCACUUCCACAGGCCAUGCGCCGUGUGCACCGCCGGCGUACUAGAGUGCUUCCCUCUGUCGUCGGUGUACAGCCUAGACGACCUCUACCGCAAGUGCCUCAAGUGGAUCACCAAGUACUUCUCCAAGGUCUGGCCUACCAAGGCUUUCGCCACGCUGCCCAAGGAGCUGCUCGACAAGUGCUACCAGCAGCACAUUAUUAACCUCACCACAGAAAAUCUGGUCGACACUGUGUUUGGAUGUGCUAUAACAGUGGAAUCUCUGCAAAACAGCCGUUGGGCAGAAUGCGUGGCUCGCAUGUGCCGGCGGCUGGUGAACGCGGCGGCGCACUUCGCGGCCCCGCGGCUGGUGAGCGUGCUGCGCGGCGUGCGCGCCGCCGCGCUCGCGCCCGCGCCGCCCGCCGCCUCGCAGGCGCUGCACGACUGCAUCGCCGCCGCCAUCGAGUGGGCGCCCUCCGACGAGACCGCGCGCGCCUACGCCUUCCUCUCCGCCCUGCCCGAGGACGCGAACGCCGCCGCCGCCGCCGCCUCGCAGCGCUCGCGCCCCGACCUCAUCGCGGACGGCGCGCGCCACCCGCCGCCGCCGCCCGUCGGCGACCUGCUGCUCGCACACGCCGCCAGCUGGCGGCUGCAGUGCGAGGGCGCGCUCGUCCGCGCCGCUCCUCGCGCCGUGCUCACGCAAGCCUUCAAGGAGUUGCCACCCGAGCUCAGGAAGCGGCUGCGCGAGCUUGGGUGCAUCAUGUACGGCCCGCAGGUGGUUUCGGCCGCGUCGCCGCUGCACGACCGCAAGAGCCGCAGCGCCUACCACGCCCGCUCCGGCAAGGGCCCCGCCGCAGUCACCACGCGGAGCCUCGACAUAGACCACGUGCGCGAAUCGUUCGUGCCGUAUGCGCCGCGGCCCUCCGCGCACCUCGGCUCCGUCGACACGCUAAAAAGCAACGGCGAUCUGCGCGACCGGAAGCCAAUUAAAAUGAUGCCUCCAAAAAUCAGGACGACGAAAGCGCAAGAGGAACGGGCCAAAUAUAAUAUGGCGAAGACGAAUCAGUCGCAGGACCGGCUGCCUGGUAAAGGGGUCGACCGGUUCAACUGUUCGAAAAUACAAAACCGAGAUAUUUGGAACCGCGAAUGUACAAAGAGAGCGAAAAGAAAUCGGCCGCGACCAAAAAGCUGGUGAACAAAAUGAUAUCGUCUAGCGAAUCGUCUCGGAACUCGAGUCCGAUCCAGGCGCGGGUGGUGCGCGCGUCGCGCGGGCGCGCGCGCGAGCAGGCGCUGUCGCAGGACAGCCUGGCCAGCGCCUCGCGCCCGCGCACCGCC